UGGAAAUAACAGGCUGCUGUCUCCGAGAAAGGUGAAUAGGACGGAAUAAGAUGAGCGUGAAUAUGAUGAUACCGGCGGAGACAAUAGGCCACUUUUGGACGGACAGAGAUGGACGGAUAAGGUAGAGGCGGGGCCCCGGCUGCAAGGGGGCGGGGCAAGAUACCAGCGCGCCGGGGCGGGAGCGGAGAAAGUGAUAGAGGAAAGAAAACAAGAGGGGGGAAAACACAAGGGAUUUUUUUUUUUUUUUUUUUUUUUUUUUUUUUUUUUUUGGGAGUUUGUCAAAGAGAGGGAGAGAGAGAGAGGGGAGGAGAGGGAGAAGGGAGGGGAGAGAGAGAGAGAGAGAGAGAGAGAGAGAGAGUGUGUGUCUGUGUGUGUUUUUAUGAAUGAAGUGAGUCACUGCCGAUGUGUCAUAGGCCCGACGUCUUUAUAAAAGGAAGUUUUAAACAAGCCUAAACACUUCACUCGCUAAAUGUUGGACGUCGCAUCACAACUCUCUCAUUUUCUCCAAGUGUCUCUCCAACCUUCAUAAACAGCAAACUUCAGCAUCACUUAGCAACUUUUUCUACUUCCAUCCCUCCGCCUCGGACACCUUUUGCUCCCGGUUUUGACUGACAAGGAUACACUUCCUGGAGUGACGUUUAUUUAUUGAUUUUUAUUUCUUUUUGUUAUUUAUUGAUUUUUUUGGUCAUUGUUAUUCACUGCAGUCUUUCGGCUGCUGGCUGGGUUUGCAAGGUGUGGGACUGCAAGCAAUAUGAAAUUACUGCUGGAUUCCUCCUCGUCGCUGCUGUUGUCGCUGCUAAUAACGCAGCUUCCGGUCUUCACGUGUGCGUCUCCGGUGCCUCCGCGGCGGCCCAGCGACAUGGACAAGCUUUCCAACCAGACCAAAAACCUCAUGAAGCUCACCCAGGAACUGCUGAGGGCGCACGCUUUCGACUCUGACGCCGAGCCUCACAGGUUCCGGUCCCUGCCGGAAAUGAGCAACAGGUCAGCGCACGACCUCCACAAUCUUCAGCUGAGGCCCACGCUCUCCCAGCUCCACGCCGACCUGAAGCUGUACGAGCACCACUUCGAGUGGCUCAACAGGGUCUCCAAGAAGCACCACCACCCUGCACUGCCCAAGCUGGUGGAGGUGAUCAAGGAGAUGAAGUCGCUGAUCAACCUGCUGCACCACCAGAUGCUGAGGGUCCAGGCGCCCAAGCUGGCCCCCGUGGCCCCCUCCCUGCCCCCGGAGCUGCCCUACCAGUUCGACGUGCUGCAGUCCAGCCAGGAGCUCCUCCAGCACUUCAAGCUCUUCUGCGACUGGGCGUACCGAGCCUUCAUCAGCCUCAAGCCCAAAGUCGCCGCCGUUCAGUCGUAAGCGCUCGCACAGCGGGGGGGGUUGGGAGGGGGACGCACAGCGGGGGGGUCACUGUAGCCAAUAGCGUUCCUGGAGGCCUCAGCUGAUGACACGUAGUGAGCCAAAGACUACAAUAACAUCAUGGUGAUUAUUAUUUAUUAUUAUUAUUAUUAUUAUUAUUAUUUGUAUUUAUUUAUUUAUUGACUGUCAGUAAUUUAUUGAAUGUUAUUUAUUUGAAGUUGUAUCGUGUCACUCUCACCUUCUUUAUCCACGUGAACUUUGUUUGAGCACAUACUUUCUUACUCUUGUGCCUCCUUGCUCUUCUUUCACUUCUUCAGACAGUCACCUUUUUGUUUUGGUCGCACCCCAGUGCCCUAAAGCAGCGGUGUCCAAAGUGUGGCCCCCAAAAGUGGGGGGGGGGGCGGCUCGAUUUUUUCUAAAAAAUAAGAUUACAUUUGAAAAAACAAAUGGAAUAAAAAAGCAAACAGGUGAAAUAUAAGGGGAAAAGUUGAAAUUUUGACUCUAAUAAGACAAAACUGCCAUGCAGGCUGUUUAAUUUAACUUAAAACUGUCAUUGCUGGAAAAAUAAUAAUGAAUCAAAAUCAAUGUUGUUAUGAAUUAUUGACAUAUUUAAGGAUCCAAUUACUUAAUAAUAAUAAUAAUAGAUUUUAUUUUGUAAAAAGCACUUUACAUUGAGUAAACAACCUCAAAGUGCUACACUGUAUUAAAAAAAUACAAAUAAAAAGAUAAUAAAAAUAACUAAAAAUAAAAACUAGAACAGCAUAAUAGCUAGAACUAGUAUGCAUAUAUCUAA